AAGUCAAUUCAGUUCUGUUUCCUCAAUCCCCUCCCACGUCAGCAGCUGUGACGUAGCUGCGGCUGCUACACUUUCACUUUCACCUAACAGGAAGAAGCUUCGUGAGCAGUAUAAGUCCGGACAGGGAAGAAGACUCUCAACAUGGCAGCCCUCGACCCUGAAGAGUCGAUGGAUACAGAUGAAGUAGACGGGGGCUUUGUGAAACUUUCUACACCUGCUGAUGUGGUGAUGAUGACUGAAUCACAGAGCAAAGAUGAAGAAGUUCAAGUCGUUCUCUCCAUCAAGUGGGAGGAAGAUUUCGCACCAGGACAAUAUAAAUUGGAACUGACCAAAGUUUUUCAGACUUGGGUCCACAAUAACAAGAUUGACGUGGUAAUCGAGGUUGAAGAAGCCUCUGACUCUGAAGCUACGAUAAAGAUAAAUCCUGCUACAGGAGGCAACUCCAUUUGCGCCGAUCUUCGUUCUUUAGUCCUGAAAAAGCUGCGUGAAGCAAAGGGACAAACGCUGAUCAACAAAAACAAGAAAAUAGUCACUCUAUUGUCAAUGUGUCCUCCAGAGACACAAGAACCACAAAAUGCUCCAACCCCUCCUUCAGCAUUUGUGCCAGACCCACAACAUGAGCCAGGGCAACAGCAGGGACAAAGGGAGUUAAGCCGCCCAGUUGCAGAUUCUGCAGCUGAAGAGGAGACAUACACUUGUAAAAUCCCAGUUGCCGCGUACUUCUAUAUGAACCACAUCUACAAGGAGAAAAUCGAUCGUAUAGAGGCAGAGAAUGGAGUCAAAAUUGCGGCACAAGUGAUGGUAAAUAUUAAACAACACAAGGAAAACGGAGACCCACGCAAAGCUAUGUCUGAGAUCAGAAACCUCGUCCAGAAAUCCAUCACUGAAUCCGACGGCUUUGGCAUCACUCUCGAGUUACUGGCCCGGGAAGUCUUCCAGAAAGACGAGAACAAGGUUGUGCUUACGCUGUCCUCUGAAGAAAUGACUGAAAGUGGGCCAGGCCAAAGUCAAGAUGCCAUCAGCAAGUCUCUCGAUAUGAUACAGAAAACCUCAACUAACACCAAACCUUCUUUUGGAGAGCCUACACAGUCGUCUUCUGAGAAACCACAGACGAUUGGCAUGAGCAUCAACGACCCGCUUGUCUACGCAGGACUAAACAUUGAGGAGAGCGUCUGGAGUCUGAUGAAUACCUCCUACAACGAGCAAGUAGCUAAGCUGAAAGCUAAGUUUAAUGUGGGCUUUAAAGAAUCAGGCAUCGGUCAAGGACAAGUGAACAUCAAAGCUCUCUACAGAAGAUCUGAACCAAACAAAUCAAUGGAGAGCCAUGCUAUCAGGGCUCUCCUUCGUCUGUACCAGAAGAUCGGCACAUCCCCCGUGGGGUUAACCAAACGCAAUGGAUUCAACAGCUCUGUCAAGACAAAUGACUCUCAGCCAGAGGGGGCGUCCGGUGGAGCUGUAUCAAAAGGGCCGCCAGGAUACAGCAGGGGCUACACUGAAGAACCCACUGGAGGGACAGUGGCUGUAAGAGAAGAAGACGCAAAAUGCCCCAUAUGCUUUGAUGAGUUCACCCAUAAGAUCCAGCUGAAGUGUACACAUCAGUUUUGUAAGGCUUGCCUGGAUGAAGCAAAGAAGAAUACAGGGCCAAUAUGUCCUGUGUGUAGAGAUGUCUUUGAUGUGGUAGAGGGAGACCAACCGCCUGGUACCAUGACCUGGAGGAUCAUGAGGUUCUCCCUCGAUGGAUUCCCACAUCAUCACACUAUAGUCAUCACCUAUGAUAUUCCAAGUGGGAAACAGACGGGAAGACAUCCCAAUCCUGGAAAAUAUUACUCUUCUAUUCAAAGAGACGCAUAUCUGCCGGACAACGAUGAAGGCAGAGAAGUGCUGCAGCUGUUGGAUCGAGCAUUUAAGCAGAAGCUCAUUUUCACUGUUGGGACGUCCAGAACUACUGGGCAGGAUAACCAGGUGACCUGGAACGACAUUCACCACAAAACCUCCACGUCAGGGGGACCACAGAGGUUUGCUUAUCCUGAUCCUGGUUACCUGAGCAGAGUGAGAGACGAGCUGAAGGCUAAAGGCAUCAAGUGAACUCUGUAGUAGACGCAGGUCUUAAUUCAACAUACAGGAAGUCCUUCAGAAAUCAAGAUGAUUAAUUGAUUGAUUUACGAUUAUCUAAAAACAAUAUUUCGGGUGAGGCACAUUAUUAUAUUAUAUGCUGUUUAUUGUAGUUUCUCCCAAUAAUCAUACAGGGUUCCUUUUAGAUUUAAUGGACAUUGUUCAUUGCUUAAGAUUGAAUUGUUUAGCAGCCUCAUAUCUGUACGUUUUAAAUAUAAUUUUCUUUGAAGGAAUAAACAGUGUAAGAAUGAACCUUGAAUGUAAUCAUUUAAUUUGAUGUGCACAUAUAAUCUGAUUUAUUGUUCACCUAAGACUUGAUUAAACUACGAUUAAAGUAUUGCACACUGACUCAUCGCUGUAUUCUUCUGUUUAUCAGCACAGGAUGUGAACAUGAUGCAUAAUAUACACUUGUUUUCUCAAAUUUUCCAAUUUUUAUUUAGUCUGUUAAGUGCACAAAUACAGCAGUAAAUAAUAAUCUUUAUUAAUCAUAUUAAUCUUUGUGAAAAUCACUGCCACGAUCUUUAGUACGGACAGAUUACUGAGCGGGGUGACUUUUAUGACUCUCACUUUGUACUAUGACAUGCAAAGUCCAGUAAAUCUGUGCGUGUGUGAACUCUGUGUAGUUAAUGUUUAAGCGCGGAUUGAUUAUUCCAAAAGGAGGUCAUGUCCGAUGUUGUUUUUAUGUCCAAUGCACUAACCACACCAAGGCAAUAAAAAACAAAUAUGUGCAAGUGUACUUUGCAAUUAAAAUAAUUCUGAUUCUGA